AUGGUUUCUAUCCCUCCCUGCAAAUAUGAUGUCUUUAUUAGUUUUAGAGGCAAAGAUGUCCGUUAUGGUUUUCUCUCCCAUCUCUCUUCAGCCUUGCAUCAAAAACAAAUCCAUGCCUUUACGGAUGAAAACCUUCGUAAAGGAGAAGAUAUCUCACCAGCUCUCUUGAAAAUAAUUCAAGAAUCAUCUGUCUCAAUUGUUAUUUUCUCUGCAUAUUAUGCUGAUUCUCCCUGGUGCUUGGAUGAGCUUGUGAAGAUACUUGAGUGCAAGGAAACCUUAGGACAAUUAGUCCUACCAGUUUUUUACCAAGUAGAUCCGACUGAUGUUCAAGAGCUGACAGGGAAUUUUGGAAAGGCAUUUACUCUUGCUAAGCAUGGCGAACAAGUCAAAGGCCGUUUAAACAAGGUGGACGGAUGGAAGCAUGCUUUGAUUGAAAUAAGCAACUUAUCAGGGUGGGAUUCAAGAAAUAUCAAGUAUGUUAAUUACUUUUUUAAUUACUCUUUACUGUUGUUUUUCUUCAAUUUACAAAAAGAGAAUCAAAAUAUAGAUGCUUUUAGUGCAUUUCAUUAA